UUGGAUGCGAUGCCGUUUUGCUCGUCAACUGACAGCGCCGGUUUGUUGUUUUGAUGAUGCGAUUUUGAAAGUGCAUUUGUGUGGGCGGUGGGCGGCAGUGCUUAUCGCAGGAGUGUUGUUUUCGUUGUUUUACGAGCUGCGGAACAGAUUGAACCGAAGGAAUCCUGCGGCGAAAAUUUGAUAUCAAACAGCGGUCUAAUUGCACUGCAAGUGAGUGGUGGCCAAACAAAUACUUAAGCGUGCUCCGUAAUAAUUUGUGAUUUGUGAAGCAUUGAUUGUCGGAGUCCAUGGACACAAUGUCCGAAAAGUUUCCCGUAAAAUUGUGUCGCGAAGUUCACGAUCCGGAAAAUCCGCUCGUUUUUCUAGACGUUAGAAUCGGCGACGAGAGAGUUGGACGGAUUUUGAUCGAGCUGCGUGCCGAUGUGGUUCCGAAAACGGCGGAAAAUUUCCGGGCUCUUUGCACCGGAGAAAAAGGCAGCUCGGCCUCAACCGGAACACGGCUGCACUAUAAGGGCAUUCCCUUUCAUAAGGUGAAGUCGCUGUUCAUGUCCCAAUCGGGGGACGUUGUGCAUCGAAAUGGAACCGGAGGGGAAAGCAUCUACGGGAAGACCUUCGACGACGAGAAUUUCAUCCUGAAGCACGAAGAUGGGGCAGUCAGUAUGGCUAACUUUGGAAGGCCGAACACCAACAACUCGCAGUUUUUCAUUACCUCGGGCGAAUGUCCGCACUUGAAUGGCACCCACGUGGUGGUCGGCUACGUUAUCCGCGGAAUUGGCGUUAUCGGAGAAAUGGAGAAAUAUGCCUCAGACGAGGGACUGCCGACGAAGGAAAUUAUCAUCGCGGAUUGCGGCCAGAUAGCUCCCGGUGCCGAUUGGGGCGUUAACGACUGUGAUGAAACCGCGGACAAGCUUCCUCCGUUCCCCAAGGAUUGGGGCAAAUUCGAGGAUAAUUUCACGAUUUCGGAAAUGUUGGAUUACUUGGACUGCAUAAAGAUAGCUGGAAAUCAGUUUUUCAAGGAGAAACAGUGGGUAGAAGCUUGCCGUCGUUACAAAAAAGCCGAGCGUUACUUUAACUUUUUCAACAACAAAAUUCGCACUAUCGAAGACCGCAUCAAGUUGGAACAGUUCCAGUUGAUGAAUAGCUUAAACAUGGCUGCGGCUCUGCUCAAACUGGAGGACUACGAAAAUGUUCUGUUUGCGUGCAACUCAGCCCUCGGAUUGGAUCCAACCAAUACGAAAGCCUUGUACCGCAGGGGUCAAGCGCACAACAAGUUGAAAAACUACGAACUGGCCAUUUCGGAUCUGAGCCAAGCUUUGCAGCAAAUUCCCAGCGACAAACUGAUCCAGGCCGAGCUGAGCCAGGCGAAGGCUAAACUUGGAGACUACCGGGCGCAGCAGAGAAUCGCUUUUACCAAGUACUUCAACUGAAGUAUGCUCGCAUGAAAUGAAUACUCGUUGUGCUCGUUGUUUUAGAUGGAAUCCUAUUAAUAUUUACAAGCUGUGCUGUGACAAGUUUCGGUGUUUUCGAAGACAAAUAAACUGUGAAUCGUUUAAGUAUA